AUGGGGGACUCUAACGUGGCCAGGGUUAGGAAUGGCGUCCUCACGGCAGUGAAGAAAGAUGGGAAAGUGAGGGUGGAAGCCCAGUCAAUGAAGAGCAUGGUGGAUGCACUGGCCAAAGCUCAGGAGGUUGUAGACGACAGCAUGAAGGGCGAAAAUCUCACCAUUAUUCACGCUGGGCUCAAUGAUGUGCUGAAGGGCAAGGAUCAAAACUUUCAGAGACAGUUAGAGGAUGAAUGGUACGCAGCUUUGAAAAAGCGCCUGAGCAUAACCGUGAGGUCUUGCGCCCCAAAGCAGCGACAGUUAGAUCGGGGUAGCGUCGUCCACGAUGUCGAAGGCGUCAUGCUUCCCGGCCUCACUUCGGCGAUGGUACAUGAAGUUGAGGCAGCCUUGGUGCCGACGCCCCCUGACGAAGUGCUAGCAUCGGUCUUCCGGCUGAACAUUAGUAGGGCUGACAUGCUCACGCUCACUGACACCCAGUGGUUCAACGACCAAGUGAUAAACUUCUACAUGAAUCUCCUCAUGCAACAGUCCCAGAAAGAAGGCUUUCCCACUAUCUAUGCCUUCAACACAUUCUUUUAUCCCAAGCUGGUGCAAGGCAGCCACGCUGCGUUGAAGAGAUGGAUGCGCACUGUCGACCUCUUCUCCUUUGACAUUAUUCUGGUGGCCCUGCACGUCACUGCGCACUGGUGCCUUGCGGUUGUUGACUUCCGCAAGCCCCACAUUGCUUACUACGACAGCCUCAACUCAGAACGUGAACAACCUCAGUGCUUGGCCACGCUGCAGAAGUACUUGGAAGACGAGAGCCUUCACAAGCGAAGCUACGGUCUCAACUGGGACUGCUGGACGUUCAAAGUGAUGGAUGUGCCACAACAAGAAAACUACAAUGACUGCGCCAUGUUCGCUUGUCAAUUCGCUGAGUGUAUAUCCCGGGACACACCUAUCUCAUUUGGUCAGCAGCAUAUGCCAUACUUCAGGAAGCGUGUUGUCUACGAAAUCCUACACAAAACCAUACUUUCAGUGUGA